GCGGGGCCGCCCGGGUCGCGGCCGCGGAGGAGCGCCGGGCAGGUGACGGGAGGUGGCCUCCCGGAUCCGGGGUGGGCGGCGCGCCCGGGGAGGGAAACGGGAAGGGCUGACUGGGGAUGGGUACGGCAGGAAACCACCCGAGCAAGCUGGGGAGGAGCCGGCGCGGGAGCCUUCGGGACGGAGUGGAGAGCGACAAGGGGGCGAGGCCGCGCCAAGGGGCUGGGGGUCCGCUAUCCGAGGCUUCGGCGCCCGGGCACCCAGAGCAGCCCUGUUCCCGGUCAAUUAGGACCGGUCCCGGGCACCAGGCCCUCCGACUUGUCACUUCCUUGACCUCCAAACGCCCCUUGUGACGGGCCUUGUUCCUCAGGAACAAGCAAAGGUAAUGCCUUUGUGAACCACAACUUUAAAUAUCAGCCAACUGCUCCUAUCAACAAGAGUAUCCCCUGUUAAUUUUUUGCAUUUUUCAAGAUGAGUAAAAGUAAACUAAUUCCCACGCUCUCUAUUCAAUCUCCUGUCCGUCAUACCAACUUAAAUGCCCAGUCCACACACCCACCUUUGAAGAAAGAAGACUUACAUCGUAUUUCAAAAGACUCCUUGGAAUCUGAUUCAGAAAGCCUCACUCAAGAGAUUAUGUGCCAUUCUGAGUUUGAUGAUCGAAUCCGGGACAACGGUUUGGAGCCCGACAGCUUAGACGAGGAGGAAAGCCCUCGACGGGGAAGCCUGCAUGAGACGGAAGAGGAAGCAAGUGGAAAAGCAGCUCAGAUGGCUUGCAAGCAAAACCACCAUACCUGGGACCAGGGCGCCAAAAACAGGCAACAACCAAUAGAAGACAAAUAUUCAGACCUCCGCUAUGACCCGAACUGGAAGAGUAAGAAGGAGGAAGGGCAGCUGCUGUCUGUGGAAGCGUUGCUAGAGUCCAUGGACAGCUUUUUAGAAAAUCUGCCUUUGGCUCCCCUCUACCCUUCCCAGGAGACGUCAGUGGAACUCUCCGGGGGAAAAGGCGAGCAGAAAGAGAGUCCACAGAGUGCAGCCUCUUUACUUGGUAGUGAAUUUUUAAGUCCAAACUAUAAGCAUGGUGCCUGUCGCAGCAAGUCGUUUUUAGAGCUGAGCGACAGUGUCCUGGAGGAGAAGUCGAGCAGCCUUUCUCAGUGCGUGAAGAGCUCAAGUUCACAUAACGAGGUUUUCCUGCCGGGAUCACGCGGCCCUCGGCGAAGGAAGUCCAAACAACAUUUUGUGGAAAAAAACAAGCUCACUUUGGGAUUACCCAUCCCGAAAACGGACUCUUAUCUCCAACUUCACAAUAAAAAAAGAGGGGAAUCUCAUCCAGAACAGAUCUCCUACCCCGUCAGAGUCACAGACAAGACUUCUAUUCAGAAUGCCAAAGAAAUUGAAAAUGCUGCCAUCGAUCCUGAAGACAAAUGGCAUCAAAGAGCACAACAGCUAAAGAAUUACCAGGAACACUGGUCUCAAUAUGAAAGUACAAAAUCAAGCAAUGUACCAAGAGGGCAACCUUCUGACACGGUGAAUGACCAUCAGCCUUCUAGAAGACCAGCCAAGCUCAAGAUUCGAAAGCACCAGAAUGACCUGAAGUCUUUCACAACGGAAGAGGUGACUGCCAGUCAGGGGAAUCAGAAUAACCCUCCCAGGCAGCAACAAAACCAAAAUAAGCCUCUUAAUACUUCAAGAAAGCCUGAAUCCAUUGUCAUUAUGCAUGCCUCUAACAGUGAUGUACAAGCCUCAAGGACAUUUAGGAGCCAGAAUCUCAAAGAAACCUCCAAUACAUUUGCUCCACCAAAACAGGCUUUUGACAAGGUCUUACAUAAAAACUCUACUGGAUAUGACUCUGGGCUGAAUGUUAAUAAAGAAAGAGGACAUGAAGACCAAGAAGAGAAAAGAUGUUCAUAUCAGCAGCUACACACCCUUUCUGACAUGGAUUUGAACCACCUUAAUGAACUUUCUAAGAGACAUGUGCUCCUAAGCCAGAAAGUGUCUCAGUUUGUUUAUCACGUAAAUACUCAUGGAUCAACUGAAAAUAAGAAACAACCCAAACAGCCUUAUACAGAGACAAAAUACAGGAACUUAGAAAUGUUAUGGAAAUUCCAUUCUUCUUCUGACAGCCAGCCGGUUAGAGCUUCUCCAGAUUCAUGGCUCACCCAGAUAAUGGAGCAGCAUCAGCAAGCCUUGGUGCAGCUGACCGACAUGCAGCCCAGUGAAGGGGCCUUAUCUAGAGUCACGCUUCCACCUAUACUGUCAAGGGUAGAAAGUGAAUCCCAACUCAGUUCAGAGAGAAGCCAAAGAAACCAAGUGAAAAUUAGCCGUAGCAAUUCUGAAGGCUAUCUGUUUCAACUGGGAAAGGGAAAAAAGCAUAAGAAAAGAAGCAGCAGUAAGAACACCAAGCUGAAAGGUUAUCAGAAAAGAGACGUGAAGCUUGGAGGCCUUGGACCUGACUUUGAGUCCAUCAGAGACAAAACGCAAAAAUUAAUACGGCAAAAGGAAUAUGCAAAACAAGUCAAGGAGUACAACAUGAAGACACUAUCCAUUCUAUCAAAACCACAAACAGAAAAAACUCAAAAUAAAUCUGCUAUCGCUCGGCAGAAGGCUUUGGAAUACGCUAAGACCAUCCCCAAACCCAAACCAUCAAAUCUGACUCAUCAAGCAUCAAAGGAACAAAAAAAUCCAACCUAUGCUGGGAAAGAAGAAAGUUUACCUGAAAUCUCACUGCUGGAAAUACUGCAGAACAGACACGAAAGGGAAAAACAGGCUGUGGCUGCUUUCAAAGUCCUUCACGUCAUGUAGACAACAUUUGAUAGGAAGGAGAGCAAAAAUGGUCCAGGAAUGGACGCGGAGAAAAGAAACGCCAACCACCUUCUCUGCGUUGAGAGUGAUGGCCUAUUAUUAUCAUCUAUCUGCUGUCCAUAUUUGCUUUCUGCAGGAUUUAAAAUAUGAGGCCCAAUUGGAUUAUGGUGCCAUAUUUUACUUUCUAGGAAGAAAAUUUUUUAAAUUAUUUAUUUUCAAAUCAGUUAGAAUUGGAGCUGAAUAAUAACUAGAGAAUAAAGCUUUUGGUUUUAUAUUGA